AUGUUGGAUGAAAGUAAAUUUGAUGUGCAAUUGAAACUGUGGGCACUUCGGAUCCCUCGUGAGCUUUGCAAGGUCGCCACUCGCAUACUAAAUGGAUAUUUACUUGAUAAACCCCGCAUAAAACCGAUUACUGAAGACCCAACAUGCGAAAAAAACCGUUACAUGAUAUUAUCUGAGAGGGUCCAAGAUUCUGACCUAUCUGAUGUUCCUGAAAAAAAUCUCGAUGAACUAAAGGGUUUAUGCAAGGUUGAAGUAGUUCCAUAUUCGUUGACACUUGGAUACUCGUAUUGGGGUGCAGACCAUAUAUUGAAGCAGAUUCUGCCUCCUGGAGUGGAAGUUCCUUCAUCUUUCGAGACUAUAUUUAGUAUACAAGGAUUAACCGUGUUGAUAUCUGAUGCUGGACUAACAUUGCUUCGUGCUCAUGCAGGUCAUGUUGCCCAUCUGAAUAUUCAUGACGAAUUACUCCCCUACAAGGAUGUCAUUGCAAAAGUUAUCUAUGAUAAAAAUUAUCCUAGAAUCAAGACAAUUGUUAAUAAAGUCGGAACGAUUGAAAAUGAGUUCCGUGUGCCAAAGUUUGAAGUUUUAGCGGGAGAAGAUGAUAUGGUUACAGAAGUGAAACAAUAUGGAGCGACUUUCAAGCUUGAUUACAGUUUGGUCUAUUGGAAUUCAAGAUUGGAGCAUGAACAUAUCAGGUUGGUUUCAAGGUUUCGAGCUGGGGAAAUCAUAUGUGACAUGUUUGCUGGUAUUGGCCCUUUUGCUAUCCCUGCAGCACAGAAGGGAUGCAUAGUGUAUGCAAAUGACUUAAAUCCGGAUAGCAUCUGUUAUCUGAAGAUCAAUGCAGAAACUAACAAGGUUGAUAAUCGUGUUCGUGCAUACAAUAUUGAUGCAAGAAAAUUUAUUUCUCAAUUGAUGGCAGUGCCCAACAGUGAUGAAAAAUCAGAUUCUGAUAUCUCAAUGCUGAAAACUGGCAAGAAAUGUGACAUUCAGGGCAAUCAGGAACCAAAAUCUGAAAAUGGAAGGCUAGCUGUUGAGGUAAAAGAAGUACCAGAUACUGUUAUUAGUAAUCCGGACGCUUUACAAGCUUCCAGCAGGAAUGCUGAUUCAUCAGUACCUCCAGUUAAAAGACCUUCAGAUAGCUGUCAAUCAGAGAAUGAAAGUGUUGAUGGCACUAGUGCUUUUGUAGCUGGUAGGAGAAAAGGAAGCAAGACUAAGAGAAUGAGAGGCCCUGAGAUCUCCGAUGUUAAGACUUGGGAGCAUGUUGAUCAUGUGAUAAUGAAUCUACCUGCUUCUGCUCUUCAAUUUCUAGAAGCAUUUAGGGGUCUGAUCCAGAGAAAGUAUUGGACGGGAUCACUUCCUUGGAUUCACUGCUAUUGCUUCAUAAGGGCCAAUGAAACGCAAGAAUAUAUUAUUUCAGUGGCAGAGUCCGGUUUAAAUGCCCAUAUAAAAGAUCCAAUAUUUCAUAGGGUUAGGGAUGUUGCUCCAAACAAGACGCCGAGUCCGCCGGAAAAGCCACCGGAAAAUGGGGUUUCGAAAGCGGUGCUUGAUGAUGGCGAAGCACCAAAAGACCCGGUUCUACAUCCUCGGACGCUGCGUUUCGAUGCUCCUCUGCUGGCACGACCACUCCAUAUCAGAUUAGCCAAUAGCCAGAGCUAG